AUCCACUGCCCCUGCGGGCCCGUCGCCGCCUUCGUGCCCUGGGACGGGCAGCGCAGCCGCAACCCCGUGCGCUUCCACAGCGUGCCCGCCUUCGCCGCCGCCGCCGACCUGACAGUUGAUGUCCCUGGCUACGGGAAGGUGGUGCUUGACAUCGGGUAUGGUGGAGCUUUCUAUGCCUUUCUCAGCGCGGAGAAGUUGGGUCUAGAUGUUUGCUCUUCAAGUGUGAGAGAUCUCGUGGAUGGAGCAACUGCAGUCACAGAAGCAGUAAAGAAGCAGUUCAAACCUCAUCACCCUGACAGCGAAGACCUUGCAUUCAUCUAUGGCACCAUCUUAACAGAUGGAAAAGAUGCAUUCAGUGAUGAGCCAACCACCAACAUCUGUGUGUUUGGAGAUGCACAGGUUGACAGGAGUCCCACAGGCUCUGGCGUGACUGCGCGUAUUGCCUUGCAGUACCACAAGGGCCUCAUCAAGCUGGACCAGACCAGAACCUUUAGGAGCAGUACGACCGGUUCCUUGUUCACUGGGAAAGCCGUGGAGGAAGCGAAGUGUGGUGACUACAAUGCUGUCAUAGUAGAAGUCUCGGGAGAAGCCUUUUAUACUGGAACAGCAAUCUACACUGCAGAAGAGGAAGACCCUCUGAAAUACGGAUUUCUCAUAAAGUGACCUUCUUAGCCCUCAUGCAGUAGAAAGCAUUUAAAGAAGAGAUCAAAAGCAUGGUCUCUCUCUUCUGCGGAGGAAGGAAAUCUCACAAUAUUUACCCAACCUUAUAGUCUGAAUAGCUUGCUGCAUUUCUGGAGAGUUUAAAAAUAAGUUGAUUUAAAUAUCCUAGAGUAGAGCUAGAAGACUUUAGUGGUAUAAUGAUUGCUGUUCACUAUAGAAGAAUAUGGCCUGUAAUCUCUCUGUGUAGCAUGAACAUAGAUCAUGCAAGUCUAUUUGAAACUGCCUUCAUUGUGCUUUGCAGGUUUGUUUGUUUUUGUCCAUGUAGUGGUAGACUAGUAAAGAAAGCAGGGUUUAAAGGAGCUUUUUAAAAAUGUUACACGCCUCUCCUAAAAACAUAAUGUACUUCGCCUCAUUAUCUCAGUGCAGAAAUACGAUUAAAUUUGUGUUUCAACCUCC